GUGGCAAAAGUGGGUGGGUCCGGUCGCCGUGGGACUUCUCAGCGCUGGCUAUUUGCGAAACUUGCGGCGGAGGGGUGCGGUUGGUCUGGUGUGAGCCAGUGCAAGUGUGAUUCACCUUCAUCUUAGACUUCUGAACUCUGAACGGCCAAAAUGAGCAGCAAGAAAGGUGUGGCCCAGCCUGCACUGCACAAAGUGAUCAUGGUUGGAAGUGGAGGAGUUGGGAAGUCAGCACUCACUCUGCAAUUCAUGUAUGAUGAGUUUGUGGAGGACUAUGAGCCAACCAAGGCGGACUCGUACCGCAAGAAGGUGGUCCUGGACGGCGAGGAGGUGCAGAUCGACAUCCUGGACACGGCCGGCCAGGAGGAUUACGCCGCCAUCAGAGACAACUACUUCCGCAGUGGAGAGGGAUUUCUGGUGGCGUUCUCCAUCACAGAGGACGAGAGCUUCCAGGCGACGCAAGAAUUCAGGGAGCAGAUCCUGAGGGUCAAGGACGACGAAACCAUCCCGCUGCUGCUGGUGGGCAACAAGUGCGACCUGGAGGAGCGACGGCGCGUCUCGCACGCCGAGGCCGGCGCGCGUGCCGCCCAGUGGAACGUGCCCUACGUGGAGACGUCGGCCAAGACCCGGCAGAACGUGGACAAGUGUUUCUUCGACUUGAUGCGGAAGAUUUCAGCGAGGAAGGCGGAACACAACAAGGCCAGUCACGUGGAGGUGAAGGAACCGACCAAGUGCUGCCGGUUGUUGUAGUGGGCGCCGCCCCCGCCCGUGAAGAGCGAGCCGCACCACCGGUGCGAUGGACCGCUGGCGUACUGUCCGAGGACCGAGCAGGCGCCGAAAGUCCCGCGACCGCGAGAUUACCCCGCUAGAAAUACAGCUAGAGCGAGUGUCACCCGGCCCGUGGAAGCGCGCCUCCGCCCGGCUCUGCUUGACUGUGUGGGCUCGGGCCGCUCGCGGCCCGGGAGUGACCGGAGCACCGACGAGGCGCCAACCCACCGUACUCCCGUGGCCUGUCCGGCGCUGGGCGGCGCGCUGCUGGGGUGUUGCGCAUGCGCGAUGACCUCUCCGGGUCCCGGUCGCCUCCUCCGACCGCUCCCCAGGCUCUCUGCUGGCGCCGGGGGCGGCCGCCUCCUGGCUACACCGAGACACCGAUGGUGUUCAGCUACACGUGUGUUCCCUGCCCGCCGCUGCCGCUGCUGCUGGCGCCACGGCGGCGCCACCUGCCUCGCCUGCUGUGCCGAGUUCCCGCAGCGCCCGCUAUCGCGUUUUGAGUGUGCACUCUUGCCGUGCGAUGCGCUUGAUAAGAUUGCGUAGCGAGUGAUUAUUUUCGUACGGGAUACCGGGCGGCCGGCGUUCUGUGCCGACUCGCCACGGAUAGUAUUGAGUUGCCUGUGGGCUCCGAGCCGUUUUGUACCAGCCUGCUCUGUUGCCGCUGCAUCCCUUCUGAUAAUUUAGUGGCGGCUGCGGCCCGGAGUGGUGCUCGUCUGCGCCGCUGACCCGGGCCAGUGCGCGCGCGCAGCAUGACGCCGUUUUGUGCGGACUGACUAGCCGCUUGUUCGGCUCGCUCGUGCCGCGUGUCUUGCGGAGAAAGCUAUUCCGUGUAUUUGUGAUCGCAGGGCAACCGAUAUAUAUAUACAAGGUGACCUUUGG